AAUGAUAGCUCUAAUAUCGCUCAAAGAUAUAUGCCGAACUGUUAACUAAGAGGGGUAUUAAACAGAACAAUAUGUCUGCCGAAGUUAAAGAACAGCCUAAAAGUUUGUCUUUUGACGAAUAUGACGCAAUUGGUUUUGAUGUUGAUCAUACCCUUGUUAAAUAUAAAAUUCCCAAUCUAUUUAACACAAUGCACGACCUUAUGACUGACUUUCUAGUUUCGGAAAGAAAUUAUCCAGAAGAAAUGAAGAAACCUUUUUCUCAUUUCAAGGAUUUAUGUGUAAGAGGUUUAAUUCUGGACAAGAGACACGGUAUAUUUCUGAAACUCUCCGAAAAUGGCUUCAUAUUAAGGGCAACUCUUGGAAGUACAGCACUUAAUGACGAACAAAUCCAAGAUAUUUAUGGUGAUGGUAAGAUAUUCCCCUGGUUUAAGGACUUGAUAGAGACUGUUGACAAUCUACCACCUCGCUUCCGUAUUUUCGAGAACUUUUUUGAUAUGCCUGGAAUUGUUGUCACUGCAAAAGUAAUCGAUGUAGCCCUAAAAGACAUUGACAUAGUAAAAGAUGAAGAGUUGGUCGCAAAGAAAAUGAGUACUGUUGAAAGUGAUGUGAUGGAUGGCUUCCGUCAUUUGUACAACCAUAAAAAUUUUGCUGAUAACAAAACUUUCUUUAAGAGUUUAAAAGAGGAUCCUGAAAGAUUUUUGGAAAAAACUCCUGAAGAUGUAUGCCAAUGGUUGAAAAAGAUAAGAGAACUUAAUAAAGUUAUGUUUAUUGUAACUUCGGCAUAUCAUGAUUGUGCAAAAUUCGUGCUAGAUCACGCCUACGGCACAGAGUGGACAGAUUUAUUUGAUUUUAAUGCCACUUUGGCAAGAAAGCCUGCAUUCUUCUCGGGAAGUAAUCCGAUGUACGAAGUAAACGAUGAGGGAGGUCAUGGAUCAGUUGUUCAUGAAAUGAAACCUAACGUAACUUACCUGCAAGGAAAUAAGGAGAUACUAAUGAAAGCCUUGAAAAAGAAAACUGGAAAAGACCAACCAAAGAUACUCUUUUUUGGAGAUAGUCUUAGAUCCGACGUAUUCCCAUCUAAAAGAUUUGCCGAUUGGGAUAACUUUCUCAUUCUAGAAGAAAUGGAAGCUGAAGAUUGGGAGUUUCACGAGCAUUUCGAAGAUAGUCCAAAAAUAAAGAAAUAUAAAUCAACUGAACCUUCUCAAGAUGAAAAGGAAUAUUUAACAUCACUUAGUUGGGGAUCUUUGUUUACGGAUGGAAAAUCAUGUGACGAUUCGCCUGAACCGUGCAUGAAUACACUAUGGGGUUAUAUAAUACGAAAAUAUGCAGAUGUUGCUGUACCCCAACUUCAAUAUAUUGCAAAAUUACCUAUGGAUCAUAAAUUCGCUGUAUUUAAUCAUGAGAGUGUUAGGCAGUGGGGAUUCUUUCCACGUCGACCAAAUGCACUCGAGAACAGAUCUUCAAGAAAGUAG